GACCGAGGAGGGGAGGAGAGGCACAGUCUGUCCUCCUUUGCGGACACCUCAUCCCUUCGCUCGUCAUUUCAUCGGGUUCUGUAUCGAGUGUUCCGUUGACACCUUUUAUUAUGCCCUUCGCUGUCGAGCGGCGAGGAAAGACUUCGGUACCGAGGCUAACUACCGGCUACAUGUCCGGUUAGCACAACAAAGCUAACACCGUUCACCGACUGGACCCGGCGAAGUGUAAUGCCAAGGAAGGGAAUGGCAAGAGUUGAGCCCAGGAAGAGCACUUUGGGAAGAAACCAGGACUAAGCAGACGGAAACAGCUGAGUUAUUUCACUAGCUUGUUUACAGUUGCUGACAGAUCCUGAAGCAUGACGGUUGUUGUUGGUGUUACUAUAAUUCCCGACAUGGUGCAGAAGUACCAGUCACCUGUGCGGGUGUACAAGCAUCCCUUUGAGCUGGUGAUGGCGGCGUACGAGCGCCGGUUUCCUACUUGCCACCUUAUCCCCAUGUUUGUGGCAAGUGACGUAGUGGAUGAGGAGACCAGUGAAGAUGGUAGCACCCACAGGAUAGAGCGCCGCUGUGCCCUGGAUGUGGAUGCCCCACGCCUUCUCAAAAGGAUUGCAGGCGUGGACUAUGUCUACUUUAUCCAGAAAAACACAUUAAACCGAAAGGAGAGGACAUUGCACAUCGAGUCUCACAAUGAAACCUUCUCUAACCGGGUCAUCAUCCAUGAGACCUGCUGCUAUUCGGUUCACCCUGAGAAUGAGGAGUGGACUUGCUUUGAGCAGACCGCCAGCCUGGAUAUCAAGUCGUUCUUCGGUUUUGAGAGCACAGUAGAAAAGAUUGCGAUGAAGCAGUACGCCAGCAGUAUCAAAAAGGGAAAGGAAAUCAUUGAGUUUUACCUGAAGGAGCUUGAAGACGAAGGGAUCAUCCACGUGCCACGCUGGACUCCCUCCUCCCUUCCCUUGGCUCUCCCCAGACCAACCAGUCUCUCUACAAGCCCACCUGUUCUUCCCAAGCUUCCGGUGUCACCUACGGUUUCUAUCCCACUUCCUGCCGAUGCCAAGGACAGCGCCUCGCAGGAUGCCAAGCAGGACAGCGUUGCACUUCAGUCAGACAGUCUUACUGAGAUCCUGGCUGGAACACCUGAAGACAAGCUGGAUGCUGACUAUAUAAAACGUUAUCUUGGCGACCUCACCCCCCUGCAGGAGAGCUGUCUGAUCAGACUUCGUAAAUGGCUGCAGGAGACGCACAAGGGAAAGAUUCCUAAAGAUGAGCACAUCCUGCGCUUCUUACGUGCUCGGGACUUCAACAUGGACAAAGCGCGGGAAAUUCUGUGCCAGUCGCUGACUUGGAGGAAGCAGCACCAGGUGGACUACCUGCUGGAGACCUGGACCUCACCACAGGUUCUUCAGGACUACUACACCGGAGGCUGGCACCACCAUGACAGAGAUGGACGCCCUUUGUACAUCCUGAGGCUGGGCCAGAUGGACACCAAAGGACUGGUCCGUGCCCUUGGGGAAGAGUCUCUCCUCAGACAUGUGCUGUCUAUCAAUGAGGAAGGUCUGAGACGCUGUGAAGAGAACACCAAGGUGUUUGGCCGACCCAUCAGCUGUUGGACAUGUCUGGUAGAUCUGGAAGGUCUGAACAUGCGUCACCUAUGGCGACCAGGAGUUAAGGCACUGCUGAGGAUCAUCGAGGUCGUGGAGGCGAACUACCCAGAGACUCUGGGACGGCUGCUUAUCUUAAGAGCUCCCAGAGUGUUCCCUGUUCUCUGGACACUGGUAAGUCCAUUUAUUGAUGAAAACACCCGCAAGAAGUUCCUGAUUUAUGCAGGCAAUGACUACCAAGGCCCUGGAGGGCUGGUAGAUUACAUAGACAAGGAAAUCAUCCCGGACUUCCUCGGAGGAGAGUGUAUGUGUGAGGUACCAGAAGGCGGCCUGGUUCCCAAGUCCAUGUACCGCACGGCUGAGGAACUCGAGAAUGAAGACGUCCGUCUGUGGACCGAAACGAUCUACCAGAGCGCCAGCAUCUUCAAAGGAGCUCCACAUGAGCUUCUGAUCGAGAUCAUCGAUGCCUCCUCUGUUAUCACCUGGGACUUUGACGUGUGCAAAGGUGACGUGGUUUUCAACAUCUAUCACUCCAAGCGAGCCCCCCAAGCACCACGUAAAGACCCCCUGGGAGCCCACGGCAUCACUUCACCAGGAGGCAACAAUGUUCAGCUCAUCGACAAGUCGUGGACACUGGGUCAAGAUUACAGCAUGGUGGAGUCUCCCCUCACCUGCAAGGAGGGAGAGAGUGUUCAGGGCUCUCAUCUUACCCGGUGGCCAGGCUUCUACAUCCUCCAGUGGAAAUUCCACAACAUGCCUGCUUGCUCUGCAACCAACCUGCCGCGAGUGGACGAUGUGCUGGCCACCCUGCAGGUGUCCUCACACAAGUGUAAAGUCAUGUAUUACACAGAGGUGCUGGGUUCGGAGGACUUCAGAACGGCUUGCUGUGAUGUGCAGAGUUUGUAAGUGGCUCAGUGUUUGCCCCCUUUUCCUUUAGCACUAGCUCAUUGCCAUCGUUGCUUUCGGCUGCUAAUUUGAACACCCACUUCCAUGGCAGUCACAUUUCUGAUUCAGCAAAAAGAUGCUUGUUUGCAUCUGUUCUUGCUUUUUGGCUUUUGUUAGCUCUGCCUAAAAGGAUGCUGUGGUCAUACCUUGGUGUUUUUUUUAUCACAGUGUAUAACCCGAUGUUUGCACUGAGGCUGCGGCCUAACUACCUACUUC